AAGUGGUAAGGAAAGUCAUCAGUUUCCUGCCUUGAGAACUCUGCAGAUGCUGCUUCUAGAUGUUAUCUCAGAAAGAACUUCAACCUCCAGCAUGGACAUCAUCUGUCUGAUUGCCGCCUUUCUUUCGCUUGUGCCCUCCAUCUUCAAAGCAGAAUGGACUGACAGCAGCAUCAUCAGGGGUCAUGAGGCCAAACCUCACAGCCAUCCCUACAUGGCAUACAUAGUGGACAAAGUUAAAACGCACACCUGUGGGGGAUUUCUUGUGAGGGAGGACUUUGUGAUGACCGCUGCUCACUGUAAUGGACAAAGUCUUAUAGUCUUACUGGGUGCCCAUAAUCUGAAACACAAGGAGCCAAGCCAAGUGUUCUUAGAAGUGGAGCAGAGCUUUCCUCACCCCGAUUUCAACAUAGAGAAUGCAACCAAUGACAUCAUGCUGCUGAAGCUCAAGAAUCAAGUUGCACUCAACAGCAACAUAAAGGUGCUCGCACUGCCGGAUAGUGAGGCGGACUUGGAGAAGAAAACUCCCUGUGUUAUAUGCGGAUGGGGCAACACAGUGAGCAAAAAGAAAAAAAUGCCAGAAAAGCUGCAAGAAGCGAAUGUGACUAUAAUCAACAGGAAAAAGUGCAACAAGAGGUGGGAUGGAAGAAUCACAGAGACAAUGAUCUGCACAAAGUCACGAGUGGUGGGCUGCAAGGGUGACAGCGGUGGGCCACUGGUGUGCAACGGGAAGGCCCAAGGAAUUAUCUCCUUUGGAGCUAAGCGCUGUGGUGUCAAGAAUUUCCCAGGGGUCUACACUCGAAUUGCUGCUUACAAGGCCUGGAUAGAGUCCAUCAUGAAGUUGAGAGAGCAGUGAGAACAUGCCAUGCCUGGCCAUUGCCACACAAAGACUCACAGUGCCCAUUGGGAUGCCUUUCUCAUGCUGUUUGCCCUGAACUUUACAUUGCUAUUGCUUUUUUCUGCAAUUCCUCUUUCUCUUGAUCUAUGGAGGUUGGUUUCCUCUCAUUUUUGUGAAGUAAAAAUCACAUAACAUCUAAUGUUAAUAAAGUAUGAUGAAUUCGCA